UACCAAGUUAGUACUUCGAGAAGGAAUAAUGUUGUUCAAAGCUCUAUCAUUUUUGCUAGUAAUCAGCUCAGUCUUGGCUGAAGUGCCAAGUGAGGCGAGACUCAAUACUGAGCGUGUUUUGCUCGAUAUGAUGUUGAUGCCUCGUGGUGAUCCAGCUGUCGACUCCUAUUGUUGGGGUCGCUACACCCCAAUUAUGAAGGAGAUUAUCGAUGUGUUCGAAGCUGAGUCCAAGCAAUGCCAAACCGAUUUCGAUCUCAGUAAUAUUGCCAUUAUCGAGAAGUAUAAUGGAACUCGUGUCAAUAUUACUGCAACUGCAAAGGCAUCUUGUACGGCUCUGAAGCAAUGUGAUAAUCUUACUGACCAACUGGAAUCUUUCAACUGUUUUGGAACAACAGGCCGUGAUCAAUCCCAAAAGCUGACUGUUAUGUCAGGUGAAUCCCUUGCUGCUGCUAUCAGUCUAGAUGAGGAAAUCAGAAGCAUCACAACCAUUCAAAGUCUGUGCACUGAAAGGGCUUACACCCGCUACAGUAAUGACAAUAGUCAGGCUCUUAAAGAUCUGACAGAAUGUCUGAAUGGCAAUAUUGCUGCAGUUUAAUAUGAGAAUCAUAUUAAUUUCUAUUCUUAAUAAAUGUAAUGUGAAAAUGAAA